GCUUUCUACGCCGCAAAAUUUGCACAAGUCGAUGCUCAAAAUCCUCUUUUUGGGUCUGGGGAUGUGCGUAGACAGCGUCCUAAGCGUGCUGCAGCAGAGACGGUUUCAAACGCUUGGAAAGGACUUAGCCCGCGCAAGAGACAGCGACGUCAGUAGAAAGAAGAUAGGCCUAAUAAGGAAUACAUUGAAACAUUGAAGUUCGUUCGCAGAGGAAAAUGGGAAACUGCGCGCUAGGCCCAGUUGAGCAAUUAAUUUCCACCAUUACUAGC